AUGACUUCAACCCUCACAGCUCCAACGUCUAACUCAGAGGUCAAAGAUCCCGUCCUCAUCAACGACAACACAGAAAAGACCAGCGAUACAGCAUCAGCCACAAUUACGCCCACCACCGGCGAAGAAAUAGUCUACACCACUCCUCCCAAAGGAUACCGCCUCUUCGGCAAUAUCGUCAUACCAGCCUACCGCUCCCCAAUCGUGCAAUGCAUCAUCAUAGCCUUUGUUCACCUCCUAGUGGUCGGCAUGUUCAAUGUCCUAUCCGCCCUUGGCGGUGGUGGACAGGUCGAUCCGACGACAAGUAACAAUGCAAACACCAUCUUAUACAGUCUUUUCGCCUUCUUUGCUCUUACUGCUGGGUCUGUGGUGAACUUUUUAGGCCCCAAGGUCACCCUUGCCAUGGGUGGGGUGGGUUAUUCGUUGUUAUCUGCGUCAUUUUGGAGUUAUAAUCAUAAUAAGAAUGAUGGGUUUGUUUAUUUUGGUGGUGCUACGUGUGGUGUUGCUGCGGCUUUUCUCUGGACCGCAGAAGGCGCUCUCAUCAUGUCUCUGCCCAUGGAGAAAGACAAGGGCAAAUACAUCAGCAUCUUCUACGGCCUAUCCUUCUUCGGCACCGUCAUCGGCGCCAUCAUCCCUACAGUCGAGAACUGGGGCGUAACAACCGCAGGCAGUGCCAACGAUGGCACAUAUAUUGCUCUAUUCAUUCUCAUGCUUCUCGGAAGUGUAGUGGCCUGCUUCAUCUCCGACCCAUCUCGCGUUGUGCGCAAUGACGGAAGUCGAGUCUUCGUACCUCGCAACACAACUUUUGUGCAGGAACUGAAAAACGUCGUCCUUGCCGUUAAGCGUGAACCCUGGAUCAUACUCUUCUUCCCAUAUAGCUUUGCCGGGUUAUGGUACAUCCCUUACCAAAGCAAUGACUAUAACGGAUAUUAUUUUGACCUGCGAACCCGCGCUUUCGGUUCUCUGUGGUUUGAUUUUGGUCAGUUCGUCAUGGCCGUCGUUAUGGGCAUGAUGCUUGAUUGGAAGGCCGUCGGAACCCGUCGUCGACGUGCCUUUGUAGGCUGGACCGUGCUAUUUGUCCUGUUAAAUGCAGUCUUUAUUGGUGGCGUUUUCCCGGCUCGUCGAUCUCAUCGCGGUGUGCCUCCUCCGGGCGGUCUAAUUGAUGUCGAUGACUCCAGGGCUGCGGGAUAUAUUAUCCUCUACGUCUUUUAUGGUUUUGUCGAUGGUGCUUGGCAGACAUUUGCAUGGUGGGUUGCGGGUUGUCUAUCGAAUGACCCCUUGGUGCUCUCUAUUUAUUCCGCUUUCUACAAAGUCUUUGGCGCGAUGGGUGCUGCUAUUGUGUUUAAUCUUGAUGUUCGUAAAAUUAGUUAUCAGGCCAUGUUUGGGAGUUAUUGGGGUUUGCUGGCUGGCUCAAUGUUGUUUAUCCUUGUGUUAAUCUUUAAGAGGGUUGAAGAUUCGACUGGGGUGGUGGCUGAGGCUGAAGUCCCAGUUGAAAAGAUGAUACAGGGCGAUGAGUGA